AUGCGCGACGUGGAGGCGAGAAGACGCGCGGGUGGAGAGCUCGGGAGCGUGCCUGCCGUCGACGGGUCCACCGCGUCCGCGCAGGCGGAGAUGCUGCGAACGUCGAUGACGCUGCACAGCGCCGGGUCGCUGAUGAUGGAGCUGGCGCGGCUGAUUUCGAGCGUGCACGUCAACGGCGCCGCCUCGGAACCGCCGCCGUUUAUGAGCAACUUUGCGAGGCAACACGAACAAGCGCAGCAGCAGCAGCAGCAGCAGCAGCAGGCGGGCGGUGGCGACGUCACCGACGCUCUCGCGCCUACCCUCGCGGCGGUGCAGGGUUUUCUGGCUCCGCCGCUGAUGUACCUCGACCCGCGCGGGGGCACGCAGCCGCUCAGCGGUUUAUCGAUGCGACCCUCCAUCCAGCAGGCGGGCCUGCACAACAUGCCCGGCGUGCAGAUGCCCGCGUCCUUCGCCGAAGCGGUGGCCAACGGCGUUAACGCGCGGGCGCAACGGAUGAGCGUCAACGUCGCCGCGGGAAGGCCCAUGCCCGCGACCAUGGGCGACGCAAACGCCGAGGCUAACGUCCCCGGCGGCGGCGUCGAGGCGUUCAUGGCCAACAUGAUCGACCAGGCGCUUGACGGCAUGAUGCGGUCGGCCGAGUCGAUGGCCGACCGCGUGCAGAGCAGCGUCACCGCCGUGUCGCAGGCCAACGGCGAACUGACGGAUAUGCUGACCCAAAUAUUGCAGCAGCGCAUCGAGUCGGGCGCCCUUCCGGCUCGUCAGGAAGCGGAACGGCUCAGGGACAUGCUGCAACGGCACCGCGACGAACGACGCGCCGCGAUGGACCGCGAACGGGCGAACAACCACCCACCGGAGAUACCGGCGAACGUGGCCACGAUUCAGCCCGCGCAGUUGCAGCAACUUCUGCAGCGGCAAGAAGGGGUCGCGCGCACCCACACCGAGACGCUUGAAAUUUUGCGGAGGCACCAGAACGAGCUCAUCGGUUUAGUCGAGUCGACGUCGUUGGUGAACCACCCGCAGGUCCCGGAUAUCCUCCGGCGCACGCGGGAUCGCUUGCGAGCGGCGUUCGACUCGCCGACUUUCGCCGACUUUUCCUCGGGCGCGGGCGCGGGCGCGGGCUCGGAUGAUCGCGCGGGCUCUGAUGAUCGGACGGCGGGUGAGGCGACCGGGUUCAAUCCGAUCCGUCGGGGGUUCCUUCGCAGGAGGCCCAACCCCACGCCGGCGGCUGACGCGCAGCCCACCGCUCCCGCCGCCGCUCCCGCCGCCGCUCCCGCCGCCGCUCCCGCUCCGGCCCAGGGUCAAGACCGGGCGCAAGGCCGGGAUCAGGGGCAGGGUGGGCACGGACCGAUUCACGGUCUCGUCGGCGCGCUGUUCAACAACAUCUUUCACCGCGGAAGGGGUCAGCGGCAGCAGCAGCAGCAGCAGCAGCAGCAGCAGCAGCAGCGGCAGCAGCAGCAGAACCAUCCGGCUCAGGCGGCACAUGCCCAGGCUCAGGCUCCGCAACAUGCCCAGGCUCAGGCUCAGCAGCAGGCCCAGGCUCAGGCUCCGCAACAUGCCCAGGCUCAGGCUCCGCAACAUCGCGUCACCGUUCACCGGUGGGAGGUCAACCUACCCAUCGGUGGUAACGCUCAGGGCCAGGGCCAGUCGCAGGGUCAGGGGCAGCAGGCUCCGGUCAACAACGCGCCGCCCGAGGUGUUGCAGAUGCUGCAGAGGUUCAUGCAGCAGGGCCAGGCGGGGGUUGGCGCGGCGGCGCAGGGUCAGGCCGGUCAGCAGCAGGCGGGGGGCGCGAACGGCGCGCAGGAGCUGUUCCAGAGCGUCAUAUCCAACCUCGUGGAUAACUUGCAGAACAACCAGGAGGUGAGACAGACCGGGCAGACGCGGCUGAGGCUCGUGCCCACCCCCGGCGGAGGCUUCACGCUCCUCCCCUUUGAAGGCGCCGCCGCUCCCGCCGCCGCCGCGACCGAGCCGGUCCCCGCCGUCCCCGUCGUCGACCCGGCGGGUCCAACCUCCCCGGCGGCUCCCGACCCGAUGGUUUCCGAGCCGGCGGCGGGUCCAACCUCCCCGGCGGCGGAUCCAACCUCCCCGGCGGUUGCCGAGGUUGCGUCGAUGGAUGUCGACGCGGGGGAGGAUGGGGGCGACGACGCGGGCGCUCCGAGAGGGGGCGUGGGCCUCGGGGCGCAGCUGCCGCCCAGACGGAGCUCGGCGAGGAAGAGGCGCGCGCCGCACCAGCACCCGCAGAAUGACCUGGAUUGAUCGAGAGAGAAACCGCGCGACGGGGUCGUCGCGGACGAGACGAGUGCGAAGGAGGUCCAGAGGACUUCUUGGGGAAUAAUAAUUUUUUUUGUGGGUAAAAAGCGACAUACUGGUA